AUGCCUGAUCUCCGCCGUCAGAUCUUCGAGAGUGGCAAGACCGUCUCGCGCAAGGCGGCCUCCCGUGAAGCAUCCCGCACCAACUCCCCCGCUAGUUCGAAGCCGAGCUCGCGUCAAGGCUCUCGCAAUGCCAGCAGAGCUCCUUCGGACGAAGAAGAUUCGGGCUUCCUCUCUGACGAAACAUCCAUGAGCAUCGGCUCUCUCGAUGAUGAGAACCCCGAACAAGACAAUCCCGACUGGGAACAGGAACUCGGCGAUCGUGUUCAAGAAAUACUCGACCGCAAGCGCAGCAGUGUGCAAGGCCGCGAGGAGGCUUUGCAAGCUUUCUGCCGCCUGACCAAGUAUCAUUACGCAGUCGAAGAAAUCCACGCCGUGGUUGGAGACCUACUGGCUGCAUUUGAGCGAAGCGUCCGCACUGAGAUUAGUGUGCGUGAAGCCACUCUUGGUUUGCGCUCCAUUGAGUUGCUCGUCGUCUCUGCCUUCGACAACACCGUCUACGAAAACACCGAGCCCUUGCUCACUCGCACCAUCCGCGACUCGGCAUCGCCUCUUGUCAAGACAGCCGCCAUUAACUGUCUCGGUGCAUGCACUAUCUUUGGAGGUGCCGGAGAGGAUGGCAUUCUUGAACAGAUGGGCUUUUUCCUGGACAUCGUUGCCUCUGAUGGCCAAUCCAUCGAUGCCACAGAUGACCCCACCGUGGUGACUGCCGCAAUUCAGCAGUGGGGAUUCCUCGCCACCGAAAUUGAUGACUUUGAAGAAGAAAGCGAAGAAGCUAUCCAGAUCUUCAUGGACCAGCUCGGCAGCUCUGACUCCGUUGUGCAGAUCGCUGCAGGCGAGAACAUCGCCCUGCUCUAUGAGAAGAGCUACAGUCCUCAAGAGGACGAUGAUGAUGAUGAUGAGAGCAUGGGCUCCAAUGAGGACAUUGAUGAACAUGUACACGAGACCACAACAGGGCCCAAGCUUAUAAAGCGGUACAAUGCCUAUCACAAUACCCCAGAGCUCGAGAGCCAGCUGCAGAACCUGGCUACCAUCCACGGCAAACAAAUCAGCAAGCGCGAUAAGAAGUCUCUCCACAGCAACUUCGCCUCGAUCCUCACUACUGUUGAGAAUCCCCGUCGCGGUCCUCGCUACAACACUGCCAUCGACCAAAACACCAAUCGCCACUACGGCAGCACGCUCACUGUCAAGAUCGGCCGUCACGGAGCCAUGACCAUCGACCGCUGGUGGAAGUGGAUGCGCCUCACUGCUCUGCGUCGCAUCCUACAGGGCGGAUUUUCCGAACACUAUUUCCAGGGUAAUCGCGCUGUGCUCAAUAGUCUUCCUGUCAUGAUGCGUAUGGCAGACCAGGGUCACGGCUCAAUGGAUCGCCAGAGCGCACGCAAGGCAGCUAGGAUGCGCAACUCACGUCGCUGGGCUGCACAGCAAUCCGAUGAUGAUGAUGAGUAA